CUUUUACUGCUGUUUCUUUAUUAUACCCACACACUCAAACUGGUAUCCGUGCUCACAACUUCCACUCCGCGCUCAAACACGCAACAUGCCCGUCAAGAAUGACAAGCUCAUUAGAGUGUGGCUAGGCAAUAUGCUGAAGUUCUGCUUCUUUAUUCUGUUUGCUAUGGCCAUUACACAGGUUGCACAACCAGGUAGCAUGUCGAUCCCAUACUUAGAUCAAGCAGUCGCACGAGUGGCACGUAAGAGUGGUAUACGAAAGUCCAGGGUAGCCACUAGUGGGGAUGUGUUCUCUAAGACAGCAACGCACAGCGAGAACAGGCGCACGCUCCUUAAGGCCAAGCCAGUUGUGACUGAGACACAUAACAAGACAAUGGAACAAUCCCAUGAAGAAUUGGUGCCACGGGUGGCGCAGAUGGCGCAGAUGGUCGAAUCAAAAGAUACGUCUACGAAUGAAGCAAUCGAUCUCAUGGCAGAACGACAGGGAGGGGCGUCAGAGAACACAGCCCCACGACACAGGACACUACCAGAAGACAAGCAACACACCGAUGCAGCUAUGGAUAGUGUACAGGCAGAUGCACAUGUGGAUAGUGUACAUGCAGGAACACAUGUGGAUAGUGCACAUGUGGAUAGUAAACAGGGAGCGGUAGGUGCACAUGAUGUGCCUGAAGGGGUGGCUGAAAGACAGCCAAAGGGGGUAGCGCUGACCAAGCCGCCAGUGCUGGACGAUGCUGGUAAGAGCAGGGUAGUACACACGCCACUGACAACUGCCCACACGAAAGUCGUAGACGGACAACAAGGAGACAUAACUGCGGAGCACGACAGUAAAAACUCAUACACUACAGACGACCGCGCAUCAGAUGACACUCACUCACUCACACGAGAGGGAGAUACAGAUGAUGGAGAGACAGACCAUGACACUCCCACAAACACUGAAGAAGUGAACGAUACACGCAAGCACAGCAGCACGAUCAAAGAUAUCAACUCUCUCAGCACACAGCACCCUACACCUGAAACGCACAGGGUAGCUGAGGACAGCGGAGAGAGCACUCCGAGUGAGGUGGACACACCUACCCAGGAUGAAGAUACAAACAACACCGGCGACCGUUCACGCGACAACAGAGAAGACACAGCUGCGCACAGAGACAACACACCCAACAGUAACACACACACUACAGCGAACGGUAGAGCGUCGCAGAAGGACACGCAAGACCACAGCAAGGUUAGCGAUGACCUUGGCACACGAAAGUACGCGGGGUCGAUCGAGGAUGGGCUGCCCCAACUGUGUGACAGUGAACUGUGGCGCACCUCCAUGCAGCAGGGUAGCUGGCACGAGAGAGACUUCUGCAGUUCUGGAAGCGACGAGUAUCUCUUCCGGGCGUGCAGCAAGAAGAUCGGUGAUGAUAAGACGAUGAAGUGGUGGAUCCCCGACAACUGCCCCGAGAUGAAGCCCAUGUCACCCAGACGCACAUGCAAGGCACUGCAGCGAACCAAAUAUCGACGAUUGAUUCUGAUUGGCGACUCUCUCGUGCGCGGUCUGUGGUUGGCUCUGACCACAAUGACUCACGGCGACUUCAUACAUGGAGCACUCAGUAAAGAAACCAGCAGCGCUGAGAAGACAAAGUGCGACGUCAACAGUCAGUUCUGGUCACCGCAGUGCAGGGGGAUCCUCAUCGCAAAAACAAGUGAUCAGCUAUACACGCCCAUGUGCCCCACCGCAAAGGACAGGACACGACUGCCUACGAUAGAGUACUGGGAAUAUGCCAAAGCGGAAUUCGGAGCAGACCUUGCGCAGAAGUUGGCGAGUGCACUGAGCGAUCCGUCUGUGGCCGUGUUCAUGGGCGUUGGGUUGCACAACAAUCUCAAGGGCUACCGCACUAAAUCCAUGUAUGUCGAGCCCAUAGCGACUGAGUGGCAGAAACAGAACACUGCGGCAACACUCAUCUGGUUGUCAAUGCACGCACAAGACAUCGACAAGAAACCGAUGAGGUACAGGAAAACUCAGGACAACGACCACGUCCGGGCCUUCAACCGAAAUGUCAACACACACGUGGACAACAAGCAGAUGCUCGUCUUUGACACGUAUGCACUUACAGAGAGCGUGCACACACCCGAUGGCACACACUACGGCUACGGCGUAAACGCGAUGAAAGCGCAAUACAUCCUGCAGUGGUUAGAGACAAAAACGUAGAACGUACGCCCUAUGAGUAGUAUAGAGCGAGAAUAAGGAAAUAUUAUUAUAAAAC